CCCCUUUUAUUUUUGUUUAAUAUGUUUUAUUGAUGUUUCGCUGUUUUAUACAGUAUUUUGCGUGUUUUUGAUAAUCUACCGUUGAUUUCGACUCGCGGUUAUGACGUCAUCAGCGGCGCGCGCUCCUUCAGUCAGUUGUGUCGAGUCUUCUGAGGUGAGCAGUACACGCUGCCUGAUGGAGAAAAAUGAGGAGAUUGGAGAGGAGAAACAUCAUGUCAAAACUGAAGAAAAAACUUCCCUGCAGACUGAAAGUAUUUCUUCACUGAAAAGAGACAAGAAAUAUUUCAUCUGCCAUCAGUGUGGGAAGAGUUUCAAAAAACAAGGACGCCUUAAGAAGCACAUGAUCAUCCACACUGGCGAGACACAGCAUAAAUGUGAUCAAUGUGGUAAAUCAUUUGUAUGCGCUUCAGCCCUAAAGAGCCAUCUCAGAGUUCAUUCACAGGAGGAACCAAUUUUAUGUUCUUUGUGUGGAAAGAGUUUAAAACACAAACUGAGUCUUGAGCUUCACAUGAGGAUCCACACUGGAGAGAAACCGUUCACAUGUGAUCAGUGUGGGAAGAGUUUUAGACAAUCAUCAGGCCUUAAGGAACACAUGAACAUCCACACUGGAGAGAAACCAUACGAAUGUGGUCAAUGUGGCAAAACAUUUUCGAGGGCUUCAGGCCUGAAUACCCACAUGUUAGUUCAUUCACAGGAGAAACCACAUUUAUGUUCUUUUUGUGGAAAGAGUUUUUCACGUCUGCAGAAUUUAAAACUUCAUCAGAAAAUACAUACUGGCGAAAGAGAUCAUAAGUGCUUAGAGUGUGGGAAGAGUUUUAUUACCGGAGUGCGUCUGAGACAACACUGGAGGACUCACACUGGAGAGAAACCGUACAAGUGUUCACACUGCGACAAGAAAUUUCGUCGGUCAGGACACGUGAAAACACACGAGAGGAUCCACACUGGAGAGAAACCGUAUCACUGCACUCCAUGUGGGAAGAGUUUCACUCAAGUAUCUUCUCUACACAGUCAUAUAAAAUACAAUCACAGGAAGUACCCCAACGAGCGACAGGACAAAGAAACAUCUAAAUUAGUCUCAGUGAAUAAAGUUAGUCUUCAAGACCAGCAGUUUCAACUAAUUGGCGCGUUUAUCCUGCAUCACCGCGCUGACGUCAUCAGUAGUUUCCUUCCUCGUUCAGCACGCCUGAUGCAGGAAAAUGAGAGUGAAGAGGAGAAACAUCAUGUCAAAACUGAAGAAAAAACUUCCCCGCAGACUGAAAGUAUUUCUUCACUGAAAAGAGACAAGAAAUAUUUCAUCUGCCAUCAGUGUGGGAAGAGUUUCACACAACAAGAACACCUUAAGAAUCACAUGAUCAUCCACACUGGCGAGACACAGCAUAAAUGUGAUCAAUGUGGUAAAUCAUUUUUGUGGGCUUCAUCCCUAAAGAGCCAUCUCAGAGUUCAUUCACAGGAGAAACCACAUUCAUGUUCUUUGUGUGGAAAGAGUUUAAAAUACAAAAAUAGUCUUGAGCUUCACAUGAGGAUCCACUCUGGAGAGAAACCGUUCACAUGUGAUCAGUGUGGGAAGAGUUUUAGACAAUCAUCAAACCUUCAGGAACACAUGAACAUCCACACUGGAGAAAAGCAGCACGAAUGUGAUCAAUGUGGCAGAAUAUUUUCGAGGGCUACAGGCCUGAAGAGCCACAUGUUAGUUCAUUCACAGGAGAAACCACAUUCAUGUUCUUUGUGUGGAAAGAGUUUUUCACAUCUGCACAAUUUAAAACUUCAUCAGAAAACACAUACUGGUGUAAAAGAUCAUAAGUGCUUUGAGUGUGGGAAGAGUUUUAUUACAACUGAACGUUUGAAACUACACUGGCGGACUCACACUGGAGAGAAACCGUACAAGUGUUCACACUGCGACAAGAGAUUUCGUCGGUCAGGACACGUGAAAACACACGAGAGGAUCCACACUGGAGAGAAACCGUAUCACUGCACUCCAUGUGGGAAGAGUUUCACUCAAGUAUCUUCUCUACGCAGUCAUAUAAAAUACAAUCACAGGAAGUAGUUCAUCUUCAGAUCCGGCACUUUCAGGUCAGUGUCCUCACCGAACGUGACAAUAAUACCAUUGAACAGAAAGAUCUCUUCAGUAUAAAUCUGUGCUAAUCAGCCAACGAGCGACAGGAAAAAGAAACAUGAUCUAAACUUGUUACAGUGAAUAAAAUUCAUCUUCAAGAGCAGCAGUUUCAACUGUGAGAUUCACAUCGACUUAAAGAUGGAGUUCUUUUUAUUUUUAAUAUUAUUUGCUUUGUGGUAUGAAUAAAUAUCAUUAUACUUGAUUAUAAGUAAAAUAUUAUGUUAUUUUUUAUGAUGCA